AUUUAAAAAUCUUAAAGUUCUGUCUUUCAAUGGGCGCAAGGGACCAUCAUAUAAGUUACUACCAAAUUUGCCUUCUCUUGUCAAGGUAAUCCAAGGAAGAAGGACGAAUCCCAUGGCUCGGAUGUUGCCUUUGUUGUCAGGUUUGAGUUCAUUAAGAGAGUUGAAUCUAAGGGACUGCAAUCUUUGUGAAGGAGAUAUUCCACCUGAUAUUUCUGGUCUAUCCUGUUUGGAAGAACUUGAACUUAGCGGUAACAAUUUCAUCAGCAUACCUGCAUCUCUUACUCGACUCUCCAAGCUUAAAGAGCUUAUAUUGUCAAAUUGCAACAUGUGCACUCUUGGUGAAGCAGAUAUUCGUAGUGAUCUUUCUGGUCUAUACUCUUUGCUACGUCUUGAUCUUAGUGGUAAGAAUUUCAUCACCCUUCCUUUGGCUCUUACUCAACUUUCCAGGCUCAAAUUGCUUAAAUUGUCAGGUUGCAAGAUGCUUAAAUCAUUGCCUGAGCUACCAACAAGUAUAAGAUAUAUGAUAAUAGAUGAUUGUUCUUCACUUGAAGUAGUUGCAAGUCCAUCAAAAGUAUGCAAUUUAGCGGGUGGUGAUGAAAUUAGUGCCAUUAACUGCUUCAAAUUGGCUGAGAAAAUCAAUGCAUUAACACUGCUGAAAGAACAUAUUAAGGCGGUUCGAUAUCCAAGAGAUUGUUUUCAUAGUAGCAUCGUUGAUAUUAUGAUGCCCGGAAGUGAAAUCCCAGAAUGGUUUAGCCAACAAAAAAGUGACUCUUCAAUUAAGAUACCCCUACCUAUCAACCUUCGGAAAGAUAGUCAAUGGAUUGGAGUUGCUUGUUGCUGCAUUUUUGUCGAUAAUGGUGCUUCAAGGAAUAAGAUGCUUUACUGUGAUGGAUCUAUUUUUCGAGGUAGAAAUUGUCGACGAAUUUUUUGGAGCCUCGGGUGGGUAGGUCGAAGCUUUCACAAGCUCAUAAUGAAAGAUCACCUUUUUCUUCGUUAUUUUCUGCGUGAUGAAUUAUAUCCAAUUUCCUUGGAGGAUAAAUAUGGUGACUGUGAAACCAAUAAUUUAUGGACAGCAGAUUGCUUAGAUCAAACAGGCGAUAAGCUUCAGUUGUGUUUCAAUUCCAAAUUUGAACCAAAUGACCGUUGUGUUAAGGUGAAGAAGUGUGGUGUUAGAAUAGUGUAUGAGAAAGAUUUGGAAGAAAUGAAAGAGUUGCAGUGCCAUACCACUCAAUCUUCUCCAAAUUUUGAACACAUCCACCAACACUCUGCUCAAAACCAUGGAUCAGUAGGUAGCACUUCUCACAUGAAACGAAAAAUCAAGAGAGAAGCAUUAACUGUGAGUUUAGGUUCAUUUGUGAACUCUUUCUUGGAAUCUUCGUGGAGAGAACAUUUAUCAUCCCCCAAUUUCCACACCUACGAGCUUGAGGGCAAUGAGGUUGUUGUUUUGGGAGGUUCAAAGGUGAGGGGGAGCUGUUUGGGAUGGCGGUCGGUAAUGGAAGAUGAGAGUGAUGAAGCCCGGGUGUAUUGGUGAUGUUGGUGGUGAAGAUGGGAGCCUCGAGUGAUAGAGAGAGAAUGGUGAAAAGGCCCCUGGGUUAGCUCAGAGAUGAAAUUUGCUGCUAUUGUUGCCUCCAAACACAGAAUUGCUAACCUACCCGGCUUGAAUUUUGUAGAUUGAUUUUAUUAACAGAAAUCAGUGGAGCAUGUUGUGUGUGCUUGCAGUGCAACAAAAGGAAUUGGCAUUUUGUGCUGCGGAAGAUACCUGUAGGUGCUGAGGUAGGUGUACUGGUGCAGAAGGGUGGCCAUUGACUGGCUACCACCUGUCCCAAGAUAUUAGGAACACAUUAGGAUCUGUUUGUAAAGUUAAUAAAAAUUUGGGGACUUUUACUCAAAAUUUUAACUUUUGAAUUAUUACUUACAAUUAUUGUAGGCUCCACUUUGUGGACUCUUUCUUGGAUUCUUCAUGGAGACAACAUCUGUCAUCCCCCAA